AUGGUCAAAGAGGAAGACUGUUCACCAGCGGCGUCGUCGCAUUACGCUUCGGCGGAGUCGAUUGCGGACGAUAGCGACGGCUUGGAAAUAAAGCGAAUGUCGUUAGGACCUUCCGGUGCAGCAGUUUACGUGACCGCCACGAGCAUCCGACUCCAGCCACCGGACCGUUUAGACUAA